AUGAUUCUUCGUGUUGCUGUACAGUUCAUCAUGCUCUCCACCGCCUUCUAUAUCGGCCUGUCUCGCGUCUCUGACUACAAGCACCAUCCAUCAGAUGUUCUUGCCGGUUUCAUAGUCGGCACCUUUUCCUCCGUAUUUCUGGUACGUUCAGACCCGCUUAAAAUGUAUCAUUUUAUAGUGACCCGUACAGACAGCCAUUUGAUGCAUUUCGGUUGGAGUCUCCUUCAGCUGUUUGGUACCACAUUGUUUACACUUGCAUUCGUUCCUUCACGAUAG